AUGUGUUGAAAUUAUCAUGGUAAUUCUUGUGGCUUUUUUUUCUUCAUGUAUAACCCGAGAGCUCGCCAUUACAUAUAUAUAUAAAUACCGAUAACAUAUUUCUGUAGAAACCGCGCCAGUUGCGCAUCAUCCACCGGAGAAUUCACAUCGGCCCUCCGAAGCCGCGAAUUUCUCAUCUUCAAAGUCCCCGAAGUGAAUAAACAAUUCGAAAAUUAUAACAAUCAGUACCGACAACAUCCCCGGAUUAUUAUUACAGCUUUUAUAUUGACAAAAUUAAUUACUUUCACCGAGUGAGUCCACCGACUUCAAUUAAUUCAUCAGAAAAUAUUUUCUUCAGUGUACAUUCGAUUCUACAUAAAUCACGUUUUGCAAUACGUAUUUUGAAUUAUUAAUUGAAGUAUCACCUCGAGAAUUUACUAACAAUUGACUUCCAAUCACCGAUAAAAUUGCAGUAAAAAUGUUUUUAUUUGAAACGUGAAAAGAGUGAAAACAAUAUUUUUUUGUUAACGAGAGCGCCAAUGACUGAUUGUUUAAUUCGCAAGCGAAUUUGUUGUGUAAUUUCCAGAAAAUCUCCAUCACAUUCGAAAUUGAAAAUUAUUUAUAAAAAAAUGAAGAGUAAUUACACCUUAAAAAUAUCGAUGCCGAUAGAAUGAUUGGUGGCUCUGAGAUAGCGAAAAAAAAUUGUGAAAAAUGUGAACUCAAGGGAAAAAUGAGUUCAAUGGCACUUGAAGCUCAAGCAAUGACAUGAAUUUGUGGACAAGUUCAUUCCUCAUGUACGUAACAUCAAGUGUUGGAAAUGAACUCGAAGAGAAUAGAUUGAGUGACUAUGAUUUUAUUGAGAUGGAAAGUGGCGAUAAUGUGACGGAAUUUGAUAACAGAACAUGCACCAACGAUUACUGCAUAAGUGACGAGGCGUACGUCGAUCUGAUUGCUGAUUACUUGACACCAAGGGGAUGGUACCUGGUCCUCAUUGGUAUCCAUGCAACGGUUUUCCUCGGUGGAAUUAUCGGCAACUCCUUGGUGUGCAUUGCGGUCCACCGUAAUCACACCAUGAGAAAUGUCACUAAUUAUUACAUCGUUAAUCUAGCAAUUGCAGACCUGAUGGUCAUUAUUCUGUGUUUACCAUCGACUGUUCUGUGGGACGUCACAGAGACCUGGUUUUUGGGAAAUUGCCUGUGCAAAGCUAUUCCUUACCUUCAAACAGUUUCCGUGAGUGUGAGCAUCCUCACCCUUACCUUCAUAUCAAUCGACAGGUGGUACGCAAUCUGCUUUCCUCUCAAGUUCAAAUCGACAACCAAACGAGCGAAAAGAACAAUUCUCGUCAUCUGGAUAUUUUCAUUAAUUUUCGAUAUUCCAGAUCUCAUUGUUCUCCAUACGGCUCCCGCGCCCCACCUCAGGGUGGACACGAUUUUCUAUACCCAGUGCACCGUGUCCUGGAGCCAAAGAAGCGAGAGAAUAUUUGCACUGAUUAAACUUGUCUUUUUGUACGGAGGUCCUCUCCUGUUUAUGACAUUCACUUACUGCAGCAUUAUCCGGGUUCUCUGGAGGAGUAAAAUCCCAGGAUAUCAAUCAUCAAGGAGUACACCACCGAUAACAGAAUCUACAGCGUCAAUCCACGAGAAUUUCGAGGGCCAAAUGGCGUCUCGAAGAAAAGCUGCCAAAAUGCUUAUUGUUGUAGUUCUCGUAUUUGGACUCUGUUAUCUCCCUGUUCAUAUUCUCAUUGUUCUAAGACAAACAGUUGGACUCCCUUCAAACGAAAUCAAUGUAACUUGCAGCCUCAUAGCUCAUUGGUUGUGCUACGCGAAUAGCGCGAUGAAUCCCAUAAUUUACAACUUCAUGAGCGGGAAAUUCCGAAAAGAAUUUCGACGAUCAUUUCAGUGCAGCCCACGAGGUUCCAAUGACCGUCGAAUUUUCAAAUGCACCCUCCCAUACUGCCCUCCAGAUCCUCGAUGUCAACCUUACAGAAAUAUUCCAACUGAAUUGAAUUUCCAAACCCUUCAAGUGUGGAUGACAUGUAUCAAGAAUAUUGACCAUUCCGAAUUAAAUUGCGGAGGCAACGAAAAUAUCACAUGCGACUGCUCCGGAGUCUGAAUAUUCGCGUGUCACAUGCGAAAUACAAAUUAGAGAUGAAUAUUUGAUUUAUUGAAGCGGUAACAAUUUUCUCUUCCAAAAAUGACUAUUGAAUAUUUAACAAAAACAAGACAGCGUAAAUUCUCGUCGUCAAUUAUGGAUUCAGUCCCUUUUUUUAUUUGAAAAAAUGAACCCUGGACAACAAAGUAUGUAAUAAAUAUAGAACUGAGUGUCUCGAGUUGUUCGCCCCGAAAUAUAUUCGAAGUAGUGAAUUAUCGGGCAAUAAAUGUAUAAAUAUGAUGGGAAUAAUUGUAAAUAAAUGUUAUUGAAUGUCAAUUAUGUAAAAUCUACAAGAUAAGAUGAUGAAAUUGUAAAAAAAAAAGAUCGGAAAUAAAGGAUUUC